UGAUGUUGAGCGACGCGCCCGAAGAGAUUUUAUUCAUCUCGGCAAUGUAAACACAGGAGACAAGUCUUUUAGCAGGUUCUAACAGCGAGGGAGGUUACUUUCAGCGUGUACGUUUAGAGUUUUAAAGUAAGGGCCGAAGGAAGAUCAGAUUUUCGGGCGAUUCAAGAGCUGCGACUCGAUAGUUGCAGUCGGGAUAUCUGGAGCGACGCACGUGUCCCAUUGUUCUUGGUCUUACCCAGUUGUACGUAAAACGGCGUAAAACGGUGGUUGGAAAACCGCGUGGAGGUUCAAGUGGCCAGGCGAAGUUUCGGAUUGAGCUUUGCCUCGGGAAUUCCAAUGGAGUGUAUAUCUUAGUACCCUUCUGUCCGCCCUACGUGAAGGACUUUACUCUCCUGAGGGUGAACGGAAAAUUAUUCCAGUACAAAGGACAUGCUCAGAAAAAUGUUCCCAGAGUUUGGAAAUGUAAUCAGUAAAAAAUUUCAUGUCGAUUAAGGGAAUCACUUGAUGGUCAGAGAAGUCAAAAGUUUAGAUACAAUCGAUGCCAGUGAAACUUUUCAACUAUAAAGGAAGAUAUGGUUUCUCAUCGGAAGAGCAGAUCUGGGAGGCGUAACAGAACAGGAGGAAGAAAUAUUAAUAACACACAUAAUAAGGAAAUAUUAAAAAACAAACAGUGCUCAAAUGAAGAUAUUUUAAAAAAGUAUUCAUCGAUCUUAGGAUCAAAAAUACCAGUCGUUGUACUGCAUAAAAUUAUUAAUACGAAACAAUCCUCUCAACAACAGCCAGCAACUGAAAAGAUCAACAAUAGCGAUGCUAGCUCUUCGUGUGUAAUCGAAGAUGGAACAAAGAACAAUAAUUGCAGUCGAUUAAACUUGGCUGACAAUUUUUCAAUUGAUUUAGUUGAUCAAAAUAACUCUGCAAAAGUGCACAUUUCAGAAAGUGUAAAAAAUGAGAAUAAGUUAGGCACUCAACAUGAGAAACGUACUAUUGAAAUUAAAGAACUGCAAAAGCAUACCACCAAUUUAGAAUUUAACAAAGAGCAUGUAAAUGAGAAGAAUUGUAUUCAAAAUACUUGUAACGAUUCUUCAUGUUCGGUUACUGCAAGCUCUCUCAAAGUAAAGGUAUGCGCUGGUAAAUUAGUGGAUCGUAAUCAAGUUGCUUACAUUAAUGAGCAUGGAGAACAGCAUCCAAAUAAUUUCCGCAACGUUGGCACUGAAAAUGAAUCGUUUGAAACGAGAAAGCAACUUGAAAAAGCAAGCAACUUAAACAAUGUUAUUCAUUUAAAUGACGUUGAUAAAAAAGUAAAAGAUUCUUCGAUAUUAGAAGCACCAAAGUAUAUUUUUAAAAAUUUUCUUGAAGAAUCUCUUGUAGUUGACAAAGUGAAGGAAAGUGAGAAACGUAGGAAUGAAAGGAGAACACAUCAAUUUAAUCAGUGUCAGCAACAACCACUCGAUUCGCCAUUCUUAUUUAAAACAUUAAAACCGUCAUUAUUCAAAACUUCCGUCAAACCUCACGAUGGUGAGGUUUCAAAACUGAAACAAAGAAACCAAAUAAGCGAAAGUAGUAUUAAGAAUACAUUUGCUGACAAACGUUUACUAGAUAAGUCUGACAUACCUUCUAAGAUAUCAAGAAAUGUGGUCAACGAAUUUUGUGACAAUAAAGAUAAACCAAAGAUAGGGUGUGCUGAAGAAAGUAAUUUGAAAGAGCAAAAAGCAGAGCGAUCAUCGCUGAAUUCGAAAGUGUCGAAGCAUUCAUUGAAUACAUCUGUUGACAGUGUUCUUGGUAAAGGUAAAUAUAAAUACGAGCAAAAGAAGAACAUCAUAAAAGUGAGAGUAAAUUUAAAACACAAAGUUGAAUCUUCCACACCACCAAAAGAAUCGAAACAUGUUUUUGGGUCUACCGAGCACACAUCAAGGCUUUCUACUUUACCUACAUAUUGUGAUACAGUACUAAGUCAGGAAAAUGUUGAAAUGGAAUCGAAGAAGGAAUCAGUCAAGAGUUUUGUUUCUUUAAAUCAGAGAGAUAGUGAUAAUGAAACAGUAUUACUUAACAAUACAAAAAGUAGUGAUAAGGAUCCCAAAUUUGGUAUUUGUAAUUUUACACAUAAUAGAACUGUUUUGGAUAUGUCAGACGUAGACACCAAAGUGCGACCGAAAGUCAAUUCAAGAUUUAGUAGAAGUAGGCAAAUGGAGGAUGGUGAAACUGUCGAUCAGUGUACAAGUGCUUCAGAUAAAGAAAGGAUAUCUAACGAUGGAUUAGAUAAAGAAUUAAGACUGGUACAGUCAAAAGCUUUGAAACCUGAUAAAUCAAACACAUUAGAGCCCUUGAGUAGAGAGAAUCCUUUAAGAGCAAAUACAGAUGAAAAGGAUUAUGACACAGAGAAUAUUGACGAAGAUGUUUUGGAAAUAACGUCAAACUCAGUGUUUCUUGAUAUGAAUUUAUCAAGUGAAGAUUCGAACAAUAACGAGGAUUCGGCAGAUAGUACCAUUAAAAUUAUCGAUCAGUUCCUAGGUGGAUCCUAUUCAGAGGAGGAUACACUGAACAAUAAUAAUACUAAUAAACCUGCAGUAGAAAAUAAAAAUGAUUUAAAUUUGGGAGACAACAGUGAUAGCAAGGAUUUUGUCGACAAUAAAAUAAGGGUGGCUAAAAGUUCUGUAUGUAGUACUUUAAUUAACGAAAAUAAGGUUGCGUGUGUAGAAGAUAUUUUGAAAAGCUUGGAAAAAGAUCUUGAGGAUAAAAUAACUGCAGAGCAAAAUAAACUCACAAUUGUUUCGAAAUCAUUCAAUAACGUUGCAAAAUCACAUCCGAGAAAUUCAGUGCAAAAUAGAAAUGACGAUCUUAAGUGUUCGUUUGAAAAUCUUCAAGAGAACAAAUUAAAGACGUCCACCGCUUCAAGUGAAUUGACAAUAGAUAAUUUAAAUAAAUUUAAUAGCACAUACGGAAACCAUGAAUUUUCUAUUCUAACCAGUACAAAUGGAGGAGUUAAUGGAAUUAAUACUGGGAACGUGAGCGAGAAAGUGAACGAAGUUACAAGAAGUCAAGACGCAAGUGUAAGUACUGAGAAGACAAAUUCGAUUUCAAGUUCGCAGAAGCGUAAACGUAUUCAGAUGAAGGAAAUCGAACCAAAUUCCAAAAAAGUAAAGCUAAAUCGAAACCAUUGGUUAACUACCAGUGAUAAAAAUAAAUCACCUAAAAUUUCACCUGCUGACACUUCUAACGGUUCAUUAAAAUCUUAUAGUGCUCACUCCGAAUCUAGUAGCAAUGAAAGAGCGAAAGAUGUUUCUAGUGUUGGCAAAUUUAAACAUUCUAAUAUGGGAGCACAGUUUCAUUUGACAAAAUCAGUUUUGGUUGACCCAAAUUCUAGCGGUCUGAAUGUUAAAAAAACUGAAAUAGGAGUCAUUAAUGAUACGAAUAUGAAAAUUCAAGAUCAAGAGAUGAAGCAUAUCACAAUCGAUGAUAAAUUACUGAAUACUAAUAAAAUGAGUAAAACUUCUCUAGCGAAUCCUUCUGCAGUUAAUAGUAAGGAUUCCAAUCCCCAGAAAACACUCAGUGCGAUUAAUAAAAACGGUUGCUGUAAAUCUUUAAUGCAUGAUAAACUUGCUAAAGAGCACUCUAAUGCAACGGCAGCAACCAGCUCUACUAAAUUCAGGACCUCCAAGCUCUCUAAUUUGUCCAACACGGUUAAUUUGGUCAAUUCCGAAUCUUUGGAAACGAUCAAUAAGCUUAAUAAGACCCAUAAUUUGUCAGCGACUUUCAAUGUAAGUGAUAUAAAACUGCCAGCUACUCCAACUAGUAUACAGUAUUCCAACAGUUCGGUACAAAGCGACAUGACAAGCAAAGAUAGUUGCAAUUUCUCGGAGACAAUAAGUAGGAUUCAUAAAAUAAGUAUCUCUCAAUCAGAAAUAAUUAAUAAAACUUGUUUUAAUCCAGUAGCAGUUGCAAAUGUAGUUGAUAAAAUGGACUUUGAAGUUAUGUUGUCAACGAACACAACCAGGAGAAAGGAUUCCUGUCGGUCGAAAUCAACCAAUGAUGACACCGAUGUUAUGUUGGUAACAAACAUAGUUAAAGAACAAAAUUCUUGUCGGACAAAAUCUGAUGAUGACACCGAAGUCCUGUCGGUAACAAGCUCAAUUAGCGAAAAGCAUUUUAAUCUGUCAAAAGCAACCGGUGAUGCUACUGAUGUCAUAUCGACAACAUAUUCGAUUAGUGGAAAAUAUUCGAAUCUGUCAAAAGUAUCCGAUGAUGGUACCACUGUCAUGUCACCAAAAAGCAUAAUAAGUGAAAAAGAUCUUAAUCCGUCAAAAGCUGUCAAGGAUGCUCCCGAUGUCAUGUCAACAAAAAGCAUAACUAGUGAAAAAGAUUUAAAAUUGUCAAAUGCAAACAAUGAUAAGCCUGGAAGAAAAUCAGCUUCACCCGUGGCAUGUGGCACAGUUAAUAAGAAACGCUUAAUUUCACCAAUAAAUAUUGGAGCCGAUGAUUGUGUGAAAGUUAAUAAAGAGCUUCCAAGUCCAGCCGUACAAGUCAGUACAGACAAUACAACGUUCCGCAAACCGUUUUCAAAGGUAGAUGUGAGCAAAGAAAAAUCUGAUGUAUCGAUAAAAAGAAGUACAGGUAAAAAAGUGGUAAUUGAAACAACUGUUCCUUCUGUUAAGUUGAAUGUGGCGGAGAAACCAUUCUGUGUGCCACAGAAAAAAACUAAUACAGCUACUAACGUAACUACCGACCAAGCUGAAGAUUCUGACGAAGAUGACACAAUUUCUUUGUUCGCUGGGUCGGAAUUUGAUUUUUUAUCAAACGUACCCGAGCCCGUGCAGAAGAAUAAAGACGAGCCAGAAAGUAAUUCUCUGACCUCGAAUAUAUAUAAUAACAGGGUCAUUAACAACUUCAUGAAAAGUACAAAGAGGGAGUUUGAAAAGGACAUGGAAUCUUAUGCGGAGAAGAAUCUUGAUUCGUAUGACACGCUUUUCGAGAACAAGAGAAAUCAUCCGAACGCAAAUGUAAAGCCAACCGUUCCGGUAUUACAUGAAGCUAAUCAACAUACAAGUGUUAAAAUUGUACCGUCCACAUCGUCGAUUGACGAUAGUUGCACAAGUCUGAGGCAAAGGUUGAACAUCAGCGCCACUUCGAGUGAAGCUUCUGAAGCAAUCUCUAAUUAUAGGCAGCCAACAAGUGCUAGAUGCUCCGGUCGCUCAAGUGUAUUUAAUAGACUCGGUAAAAAUUCUUUAAAUCCGGAGAAUGCAAAUUCUAACACCGUGGCGCUAAAAAUUCAAGAUACUUUUCCGACAUGUCCAGCAAAUGUGGAAGCGUUAUCAUGUAAUCGAGAGGGGAUACGUCCCGAAAUAGACGAUUCACAUAUGGUACUUAAAGACCUCUUGAGAGGAACUUGCUGGACUUAUCUAAAACGAAAACGAUGCAUGAAGUUGAAUUGCACUCACAAUCAUGAUGUGAAUAUGGCGUUAUCGAAACUGAUCUACCUGGGGGAGGAGAAGAUCAUGAGUCUGUUGAGUGUGAUCUAUCAGUAUUUCACCUUCUUUUAUGCGCGGAUGUAUCCGUUUCUGACCAAACAUUUCCAACCAGCUAACAUUAUCAAAGCAUACUGGCAUUACUAUGAACGUAAUUACAUGCCGAGCUUUUACUUUGAAUGUACGAUUUUAGAGUUAGAAAAGAAAACGAUGAAAUUGGAGACCAUCGUGGAGAUGUUUAUGAGAAGAGUGGCUGUUGACCCAGCGAUGCCCGAAAAAAUUAUCCAUUUCCUGAUAAAGCGAAUACCAGAAGGACAGAUUUGGGAAACCUUGAAAGAUGCGUUCAGACAUCUGCAACAUCCACCAAGGGAAUGGGCCCAAGUAGUUAUAAACGAAUGCAUUAACACGAAAAAGAGCUCGGAGCACUGCGUCGAUGUAUUUAAUAAUCUGAUUGCCAAACUUACGCAACGCGACCUGGAGAAUAUAGGCUACCAUUCGUCCAAUUUUCACAAUCUACUAAAGAACAAAAGUCAGUCUUUGGUCGGUAAGUGGUUGACUGAGAACAGCUUCAGACCAAACUGUGACGAGGAUGGCAUCGCCUCUCCUAUUCAGGAAGAAAAUGAUCCGUGUGAGAUUUUGAGCUUGUUUCAAUCAGCUACGAGUCAGAUACAAGAAAGAAAUCCGACUACACAAAAUGUGCCUGCUCAAUUUCGACAAAACAGUACGCAGAUUGGUAAUCACAGGAGGCAAAUUAACGAAGGAACUCGGCCAUUAGAUGGGCCUGAAUAUAGAGUACAAACUGUGGAUGCGCCGUAUCCUAGCUCGAUAUUUCGAGGGAAAUUCAGCGAUCUACAGAAGGAUAUACAGAGCUUGAGAGAUCGACUGAGACAUAAAGACUACAAAGCGGUGACCAAUUUAUUAGCGAAAUACGUAAAUAAGCCUAACCGGACAGCCUUCGAUAGAACCUGUUAUCACUAUUUGGAGAAAGAGAAGAUCCGCUGUCAAGUUCUGCUAUCUAACAUCAUCACUCACGCAGUCCGCAUGGGGGUGAUUGUACGUCUCCAUAAUACCUUAUUCAGAUUAGGGAUGGGCCUCUUGACAAGUUUAGCUGAUUCGGGAUCAUGGGUGCUUGCACAUAAGCUGCUUUACACCAUCGAAGCACAUUUCCCUAGAGACUCGGCCUCGUUUGUUCUACUGUCGGCCCAAAUCUACUUAGCUAAUCGAAGACAACUGAAGGCGUUGUCCAUUCUUAAAAGCCGUAAAAUGCUUCGAACUGACCGUAAACAUUGGAUGGUGGGCAGUACAAAGGACGAUGAAUUUCUGAGGGGAAAAACAGUAAGCUUACUGUUAAAAAUGUUAUGCGAAAACUUCGUCGACGAGGCGCUUUCAACCCUUGAAUUUAUUUUAGGUGAUCAGUGUGACUUAUACACGCCGAUAGAUCUUCCAUCCUGUGCUGACAAGGUUGCAAAGGAGCUCUUGGAACAGGGGAAGAAACCUUUAUUUUCGACCAUGGCACAAUUAAUCUUAAAAUUCAAAUUGAGAUUACGUUCCAUUACUCAUCGUGCCCUCGUUGCAAGUAUAUUGCACAUCGAUGAAUCCUUGGCUAAACGACUGCACCGAUAUUCCAUGUUUCACGGGAUAUACAGUAGAAUUAAGAUGACGCCGUUCAUAUACGUUAAGGUCAACACAGGGUGGACAGAAGAGGAAAUUUACCUGAUAGUUGCACAUUUAGUGGAAAGAUUGUUGGUGGGCGUCGGGCAUGCGGUGCAUAAUUUGAAACCUAAUCAACUUUCGAUAUACAUAAUCUUCGAGAAUAUUCCAACGGCGGAUCGUCUUUAUGGUGGAUCAAUGAAAAGUCGAAGCGAAGAGAUGGAUCGAAGCAAAGAACUGAUGGCCAAUGUUUUAAAAAAUAAAUUCGAUCCACCUUUGGCUUUUACCACGAGGAAACCAAGUAGAUUCUGCAAGUUCAAAAGCCAAAGUAUCGUCAACUAUUUGAAAUCGAAAUACGUUGCUAAUCAUUAAUUUAAUACAAGAUAUCAGAAAAUGGUGGCUGCGUAAGAUACAAUUUACACAAUGAGAUGGAUCGAAGCAAGGAACUGAUGGCCAAUGUUUUAAA